GCUGCCCCUGCACGUUGUCCAUCUUCUUUUUGCAACGAUAUCAUGUCGAUGAGCACGGGACUCAAGCUUGUAGGUGGCCUCGGCCUGGCAGCUGGCCUCGCCUACUGCGUCUAUUUUGACUACAAGCGCACCCAUGCUCCGGAUUAUCAGGAGAAGAUUCGCAAGCGUCGUGAGGAGCAAAAUGCCAAGAAGCAGUCUACGAUUGACCCCAAUCAACUGCAGGCCAUCUUCAACAAGUGCAUCGAGCAGGGCCAGGCUCUUGUUGCUACCCAACCACAGCUGGCCGCGCGGCACUUUGCCAACGCUGUCCGCAUCAGCCAGAACCCUAGCAACCUGAUUCAGAUUCUCAAGCGCCAGCUGCCGCCCCAGGUCUUCCUCAUGAUUAUGCAGGAUCUGCAGGCCAACGCAACCGAGUAAAUUUGCUGUUUUGGGCAGGGCCCACACGCACCAGUGUCUAGAUUUAACGGAUGCUACCGACUCAGCCUUUUUCCUCCUUCCUUUUUUUUUUUAAAGCUGAGAGCAGCUUUUGUGCGCUUGUAUUUGUUUGAGUGUCUGUGUGCGUGUGCGCAUUCUUCUUUCUGCGUUUUGCUUUUCUUCCAGCUUUACUUCAGCCUUUACCCAGACCAAAAUUUGCCCACCCUGACUGGUCAGGGCUGAUGGAUCGUCAAUUUGCUUCCAAAACUUGCGCUUCCUUGUACUCGCCGUGCUGAGCUUCCCAUGUCGGUCUGCCUUUUGGUCUUGGCUGCGCAGAGGUCUCGUUUGAGCGUUUUACUGGCUUUGGUGAUGCCUUGAUCCUGCUGACUUGACUUGCUUGUCAUGCAGAGGACCCCCCCUCGCCCUUCCAAUUUGUUGCUUGUGCGCUUGUCAGCGAGUUGAGUUGGGCACAUGAUUCGACUUGCAUGCAAACACAGACGCACGUCCAUUUGCACACAGUCGCUGUUGAGUGCCUUGGUAAACUCAAGUUCGAAUAAAAUUGCGAUUCAGGAUUC